UCACGAUGCAGACAUCAGAGACUGGGUCGGAUACAGGUUCGACUGUGACUUUACAGACAUCUGUGGCUGGCCAGGCAGCAGUGCCUACACAGGUAGUACAGCAAGUACCAGUUCAGCAACAGGUACAGCAAGUGCAGACUGUGCAACAGGUACAGCAUGUCUACCCAGCCCAGGUUCAGUAUGUGGAGGGAAGUGACACAGUCUACACUAAUGGAGCUAUUCGAUCAACAUCUUAUCCUUACACAGAAACCCAGAUGUACAGCCAAAACACUGGGGGAAAUUAUUUUGAUACUCAAGGAAGUUCUACACAGGUGACAACAGUGGUCUCAUCUCAUAGCAUGGUGGGCACCGGAGGGAUUCAGAUGGGUGUCACUGGAGGACAACUCAUUAGCAGCUCAGGAGGAACCUAUCUGAUUGGCAAUUCAAUGGAAAAUUCUGGUCAUUCAGUGACUCAUACAACGCGGGCUUCCCCAGCAACAAUUGAAAUGGCGAUUGAGACACUGCAAAAGUCUGAUGGUCUGUCCACUCACAGAAGCUCUCUUCUCAACAGCCAUCUUCAAUGGCUUUUAGACAACUAUGAAACUGCAGAAGGAGUGAGUCUCCCCAGAAGUACCCUUUACAACCAUUACUUACGUCAUUGUCAGGAGCACAAGCUAGAUCCAGUCAAUGCUGCCUCCUUUGGAAAACUCAUACGGUCAAUCUUCAUGGGAUUACGGACCAGAAGACUUGGAACUAGGGGAAACUCCAAAUAUCAUUACUAUGGGAUUCGUGUCAAGCCAGACUCUCCUCUUAAUCGCUUACAAGAGGACAUGCAAUAUAUGGCUAUGAGACAGCAGCCCAUGCAGCAGAAACAGAGGUAUAAGCCUAUGCAGAAAGUGGAUGGAGUUGGGGAUGGCUUCACAGGAAGUGGUCAACAGACAGGCACAUCUGUUGAACAAACUGUUAUUGCCCAAAGUCAACAUCAUCAGCAGUUUUUAGAUGCAUCUCGAGUACUUCCAGAGUUUGGAGAAGUUGAAAUAUCUUCUCUACCAGACGGUACGACCUUUGAGGACAUAAAAUCACUGCAGAGUCUUUAUCGAGAGCACUGUGAGGCAAUACUGGAUGUGGUUGUGAAUCUUCAAUUUAGCCUGAUAGAAAAAUUGUGGCAAACUUUCUGGCGCUAUUCUCCCUCUGCUCCACCUGAUGGCACUACAAUUACUGAACCAAGCAAUUUGAGUGAAAUAGAAAGUCGACUUCCAAAAGCAAAGCUGAUUAUUCUGUGCAAGAAUGAAUCUAUUCUGAAAUGGAUGUGUAACUGUGACCAUGUGAUGUACCAGGCUUUGGUGGAGAUUCUCAUUCCUGACGUCCUUAGACCUAUUCCUAGUGCCUUGACCCAAGCCAUUCGCAAUUUUGCAAAAAGCCUUGAAGGUUGGCUCUCAAAUGCCAUGAACAAUAUUCCACAGAGGAUGAUACAAACCAAGGUUGCCGCUGUAAGUGCCUUUGCCCAGACUCUGCGAAGAUACACAUCUCUUAAUCACCUGGCUCAAGCAGCUCGUGCUGUACUUCAGAAUACUUCUCAAAUCAACCAGAUGCUCAAUGAUCUUAACCGUGUUGAUUUUGCCAAUGUUCAGGAGCAGGCUUCCUGGGUGUGCCAGUGUGAUGACAACAUGGUUCAGAGACUAGAAACAGAUUUCAAGAUGACUCUUCAGCAGCAGAGUACUCUGGAGCAGUGGGCUGCCUGGCUUGAUAAUGUAAUGAUGCAAGCACUGAAACCAUAUGAAGGAAGACCAAGCUUUCCUAAAGCAGCUCGGCAAUUUCUGUUAAAAUGGUCUUUCUACAGCUCCAUGGUGAUUCGAGAUCUAACCUUGCGCAGUGCUGCUAGCUUUGGCUCUUUUCAUCUGAUCCGCUUGCUUUACGAUGAAUACAUGUUUUACUUAGUAGAACAUCGUGUUGCUCAGGCAACAGGAGAGACACCUAUUGCAGUUAUGGGAGAGUUUGGUGAUUUAAAUGCUGUUUCCCCUGGAAAUAUGGAUAAAGAUGAGGGCAGUGAAGUUGAAAGUGAAAUAGAUGAAGAGCUGGAUGAAAAUGGAGAGCCACAAGCCAAGAGGGAGAAAACAGAGUUAAACCAAGCGUUCCAGGUGGGCUGCAUGCAGCCAGUGCUCGAGAGUGGAGUACAGCAGAACCUCCUGAACCCAAUUCAUAAUGAGCACAUUGUUGCAACUACUCAGACUAUCAGACAAUGCAGUGCUACUGGAAAUACAUAUACUGCAGUCUAAUAUGAAACCUACACACACACACCCCAAUCCAUUAGUCCUUUGCAUUUAAUA